ACAAAGUUUAAAUAAACUCGGCCGGCAACGUAGAACUGAAAACCGCUCUUAAGUUUGGACUCUGCUCUGUAAGCUGGUACUUUGCAAUUGUAAUACUUAAUUAUUGAAAUUAUAAUAAUUCGUCAUGAUUCGUCUAACAGUUUACUGCAUUUUCAUCACCUACGUUGUCUCGGUAAAUUGUCAGCCUUUAUCCGAGUCAAAUCCAUCUCAACUUAAUAAAAUUGAAGAAGUGCCGUUGUGGGAAAAAUAUGAUGGUGAAUUUAUGGAAAACUUAUUCCGCAAUUUACAAAACUGUGAAUUGGAGAACGAUUAUGUAAAAUCAAUACAACUCCGUACGGAAUUAGAGGAAUUAUAUGCAGACACAUUAAGAGCUCGCGAAUUAGAUAGUUGGAUUCCGGCACAUCUUAAAGCGAUAAGAGAAUUUCGAAAGAAAAAAUGUUCAGUGCCAGUCUAUACUGUGGAAAGGGUUUGAAUUAGCCGCAAAUAAGAAGCUGCUUAUGCGUUUAGUUACACGCUUUCAAUUCAUGAAUGCAUGUGAAAAUGACUUGUUUUAUUUUUUAAUUGAAUCAAUAAAUAAAUUUAUGUAAAAUAUUUUGAGUUUU